AUGGCUCAGCACGGAGACUCUGUAUUUGCCGUACAUAUCGGUCGCGAGCGCGGAAUUUUCACGACUUGGGCGGAGACUUUGGAGCGAGUACGCAACCACCCAGGCGCAGUGUACAAGAAACUCAGCUCUCGCGCCGCCGCGGAAGCUUGGCUUCAGCGUUAUGCCAGUCCCGAUGAUACAAUGCGCGAGCAUACACAGAACCUGCAUAACGAGAUCGAAGAUUAUAUGAAUGAGCCACUCAUUGACAUCUGA